CCAAAAAAACACAGUUACAAACUCUUCUCUUUUUCACUCUUUACACACUCGCAAUUCUCUUGUUCGUUACACCCAAAACCCUUACAAUUCAUCAAUGAUUUCUUCUACAUUAACCGAAUCAUUUCCUCCGUCUACGGUGGCUCCGGCGGCGCCGACGGAAUUGGUUGCUGUAAAACCUGAGGAUAACGGCAUCGAUAACGGAGAUGUGGCGGAUGCGCCGGUGGAGCCAGCGAUUGUGGCGAAAUGGCCGGGUUGGCCUGGAGACAAUGUGUUUAGGCUAGUAGUGCCUGUUUUGAAAGUAGGAAGUAUAAUUGGCCGUAAAGGAGAGCUUGUUAAGAAGAUGUGUGAAGAUACUCGUGCUCGUAUUCGUGUCCUUGAAGGCCCUCUUGGCAAUUCGGAUCGUAUAGUCCUAAUAUCUGGAAGAGAAGAUCCGGAUGCACAAGUAUCUCCUGCAAUGGAUGCUGCUCUAAGAGUAUUCAAGCGUGUUGCUGGACUAAACGAUGAUGAUCCAGGAGCAUUAGCUGCCGGUGCAGCAUUUUGUUCUUUAAGGUUACUGGUGGCAUCAUCGCAAGCCAUUCACUUGAUUGGGAAGCAUGGUUCUACAAUCAAAUCAAUCCAGGAAAGAUCUGGUGCCUCCCUGCGAGUGUUAUCUGAGGAUGACUUGCCCCCUUAUGCCACUUCAGAUGAAAGAAUUGUUGAAAUUCAUGGAGAGGGUUUGAAGGUGCUUGAUGCUUUGGAAGCGGUGGUGGGACAACUGAGAAAGUUUUUGGUUGAUCAUAGUGUGAUACCUAUAUUUGAAAAGACGGGCAAUGCAAAUAUCUCUCAUGAUCGGCCAUCGGAGUCCUGGGCUGAUAAAUCACAGUCCUCAAAUUUUCAGCCUUCUGUUCCUGCACCUACAUCCCAAGCUGCGGCAGUUUCUGAUUAUUCUUUUUCCAUGAACCGAGACACUUACUUACUUGAUCGCGAAACCGCUUUGGAAUCCAAACUCUCGCGCUCUACACUAUCACUAUAUGGACAAGAUCCUGGACUUGGUGGCAUACGUACUUCUGUAGCUGGCCGAACUGGUCCUAUAGUAACACAGAUGACAAAGGUAAUGCAAGUACCCCUGUCGUAUGCUGAGGAUAUCAUUGGUAUUGGUGGAGCCAAUAUAGCAUAUAUUCGCCGCACAAGCGGGGCAAUUCUUACUGUGCAAGAGAGCAGAGGCUUACCUGAAGAGAUAACUAUAGAGAUUAAGGGUACCUCGUCAGAGGUUCAAAGAGCCGAACAGCUUAUUCAGGAGUUCAUUAACACCCACAAAGAGCCAGCCCCGAGCAUAUAUGGGACGGGUGAGCCUGGAUUUGGUUCUUUUUCACGUUUCGGUGACUCUUAUUCGUCAUCUUCGUUUCAAUCUCAGCGUUUAGGGGGUUAUGGAUCUUCUAAUAUAGGAGGAUACAACAGUUUUAGAUACUAAGCGCGGGUAGCCUUUUGGAACAGUUCCUGGAAAAAGUUCUCUUUACAACUUUUGGAACCCUACUUUAGGAUGGAUUCAUGUAUGUAAUUAACUUACUCAAAUUUUAAUGAAAAGUUAGUAUUGGAACUUAAAA